AUGGAGAUGAUUGAUGGAGUUGACUGGAUGCUAUCACAGUCUGGUAGACGCAAACAGGAUUAUGGGCCAAAGGUCAACUUCAAGCAUAAAAAAGUAAAAACGGACACGUUUGUAGGGAUGCCUGAGUACGCCGACAUGCUUUUGGAGAAAAUGCGAUUAGUCUCUCAAGAGAGA